AUGCAACUUAGUUCCAAUAUAUUACUGGCGCUCGCUUACCAAAUGGUAACUGUUUCUGCUUUCAAUUCCACAUACGCCAUGUCUGCUGAUGACCAAGCCACUGUUUUAAAUGAACAUAACAGAUUAAGAGCCUUACAUGUCGAUACAGGUGCAUUGACUUGGAGUGAUACUCUAGCUGGUUACGCUCAAGAUUACGCUGCUAAUUACGAUUGUUCUGGUGUCUUAACUCAUUCUGAUGGUCAAUAUGGUGAAAAUUUAGCCAUUGGUUAUAGUGUUCUAGGCUCUGUGGAUGCUUGGUACAAUGAAAUUAAAUAUUACAAUUAUUCUGCUCCAGGUUUCUCCUCAAAGACUGGUCAUUUCACUCAACUUGUGUGGCAAGAUAGUACAGAACUUGGUUGUGCCAUUAAAUACUGUGGUGACGUCUGGCACAAUUAUGUUAUCUGUGAAUAUAACCCUGCAGGUAAUUACAUUGGUGAAUUCGCUGAUCAAGUCCAACCUUUGAUUGCUAGUGUCGCUGUUUCAUCUACAUCUUCAUCUACUUCUUCUACAUCAUCUACAGCUACUUCAAGUUCCACAAAAUCAUCUUCUAGCUCCUCUAUUUCAAAAUCAUCUACCUCUUCUACAUCUAAAUCUAGUUCUUCAAGUUCAUCAUCUUCAAGUACUUCCAAAUCUUCUGAAUCCACCACUUCAUCAAAAUCUAGUUUGAUUACUUCUUCUACUGCUACCACUUCAUCUAAAGAUCAACGUGCUAUUGCCUCUGUCGCUGCUUCAAUUAAAUCCAACAGUAACUCUAUCAGCAGUAAUCUAACUUCUUCCAACACUUUAGAUGCUGAUGAAAGAUCUGCUUCUACCACUGUCUCUAUCACUUCAUCUUCUGCUAUUGAAACUACCACAAGUGGCAUUGCUACUAUUACUUCUGGUUCUAACGAAAACAAUGAAUCUGCUGCCAUCUCUGUUGUCACUGAUACUGUUCAUGCUAAGAGAACCACUACUCAAGUUAUUACUCAUUGUUCGGACAAUGUCUGUACUGAAGCUACUAUGGUGGCUACCGUAGAUGAUUCAACUACUGAUGCUAACAACAAUGCUGUUGAUGCUAUUGAACACGAGACUACUGCUGCUGCCACUGAACAAACUGUUACUACCGUCAACGAAGAAGGUACUAUUACCACUACAGUUAAAUGUUCAACUUCUGAAGCUACUACUACUACUCCAGUUCAAAUUACUUCUACCAUUACUCAGAAUGCCGAAAAUGAAGCUACUUCAAUUAACACUGAAGCUGAUAUUGUCAGUCAAUCAUAUUUUUACUCCAAUAACACUGGUAUUCAAUAUAGUAACACUACCGAAACUACAGUCACUACCGUUACUCAUAAGACUACUAAAAUCUCAACUUUACCAUGUUCUAAAUGUACAGCUGUUCCAACUUCAAAAUCUUCAAGCAGUAUACGUGAAGAGUCCAGUCAUAUUACCAUUGUUGAACAACUUUCUAUGACUAGUUCUGUCAUUAGUUAUUCAUCCAUUGCUAAUAACACUUCAUCUGCUAAAUCCAUUGAAGCAUACGAAGGUAUGGCCGCUCAACUAACUGGCUGGAACAGUUUCUCAUUAGCUAUUAUAGUAUCUGCAUUACUAUUGUAA